AUGGCCCAGACCGAGGGCUCGGCUUCUAUUCAGCCAGAGUCAUUUAGUUGUCACCGAUCGACCGGACUCUUGACAACUCAAAGUGGGAGCCGGGCAUUGGAGUUGUCCUUUCUGGAGGAACCCAGCGACGUGAUUGCUGUACGCGGGAAACCGCUGCUCCUCAACUGUCGGGUGGAGGGGGAGGAGCCGAUCUGGAUCAGCUGGAGGAGGGGCAGCCACCCCCUGCCGCCGAGCCCCCGCCUCUCACUGCUGCCCAACGGCUCCCUCCUCAUCACCAGCUUCCUGCGGAGGGACAACGAGUCGGACGCUGGCGAGUACGACUGCUUGGCGCAGAACCGCUUCGGCCGGCUGCUCAGCCGCAGGGCCAGGGUGCAAGUGGCAACUCUCUCCCGGUUUCUGACCCACCCACAGUCCAUGAGCGUGCAGCUGGGAGGAGUGGCUCGAUUCCAGUGUCAGAUCAACGGUGUUCCCAAAGCCACGAUCACCUGGGAACUCAAUCGAGUUCCUCUCAACAUGAAGGACAACAGGUACACCUUGCUGCCAAGUGGCGUGCUGCAGAUCACGAGGGUGGGUCGUCAGGACCUGGGGGACUACCGCUGCAUGGCGGCCAACGCUGCCAACACCCGGGCCAGCCAGGAGGCACGGCUCAGCCUGGCAGGGUGGUCCCCGCGGAUGGACGAGGAGCCCAAAAUCCUGUCAGGACCCCAGAACCUGACGCUCACCGUGCACCAGACGGCCAUUCUGGAGUGUAUUGCCACCGGCAACCCCCGGCCCAUCGUCUCCUGGAGCCGGCUCGAUGGCCGCUCCAUCGGGGUGGACGGGAUCGAGGUCCUUGGCACCGGGAACCUGAAGAUCUCCGAUGUGACGGUGUACCACUCCGGCGUCUACGUCUGCGCCGCUAACAAGCCCGGGACGCGCGUCCGCCGCACGGCCCAGGGGCGCCUGGUUGUACAAGCUCCCCCCGAGUUUGUGCAGUGGCCGCAGUCGAUGAGGAAGCGGGCAGGCAGUACGGCUGUCUUCACCUGCGUGGCGCAGGGGGUCCCGGAACCUCACCUCGUCUGGCUGAAGAACGGUCGUGAGCUCUCGACUCCUAGCGGCAACAUCAACCUGACCCACGGCAACAGCACCCUGAUCAUAAACCGUGUGAGGGCGUCGGACGAGGCCAUCUACCAGUGUGUGGCCCAGAACAGCGCGGGCACCAACCAGGCCAGCGCCCGGCUGGCAGUCACCCUGUCCCAGCAGCUGCCCGCGCCCCCGGCGGAGCCCCGUGCCGAGGCCCUCUCCUCCACCGCCAUCCGCCUCUCCUGGCGGGAGCCCUCGCACUCGGUCACCGAGGAGAUCAUCGGCUACGUCCUCCACAUCCGGCCCGCUGCAGAGGAGGCUGGGAAGGAACUGCAGGAAGCAGUCAGUAAGACGACGUUGGAGCACGUCUUCACCAACCUGCGGCCCAGCACCAAGUACUCCAUGUAUGUGCAGGCCUACUCCCCCGUGGGGGCCAGCGACCGCUCCCAGCUCGUCACCGCCAUCACGGGGGGCGAAGUUCCAGAUGUGAUGUUCUUCGCCCAGGUGUUGAACUCCACGGCCGUGCAGGUAUUUUGGGAGCCUCCCCACCGGCCCGGGCUAGUCCAGGGCUACAAGCUCUUCCACCGGCAGCUGCCAAGCCCCCGGGUGCAGGGACCCGUCCUGCUUCCCAGCUCAGCCACCACCUACAUCUUCCCCCACCUGGAACCCUCGACCUUGUACGAGAUCAAAAUGCAGGCGUUUAACCAGCAUGGCAGUGGCAACAGUACCAUCCGUUUUGUAUCCCUCAGGGAGAGCCCGGAGAAUCCAGCACCGUCGGACCCCGGCUGUGACUGCCGGAAGCCCCAGGAAGCCUCACUGAGUGGGAUUGUGGUUGGAAUUCACAUUGGGAUCGCCUGCAUCAUCUUCUGCAUCCUGUUCCUUUUGCUGGGAUACCGGAGGAGGCUGUUUGAUUGUCGUGGCUUCAAAGAGAGCUGGUCGGUAUCCCAGUCACGGCACAGCACAGCCCUAGACGGGCAGAAUGGCAACCUGGAGCCUGAGGGGAAAGAGGACCGGGCACUGGAGCUGACAGAGCUGAAGGGGGACCAAGGGAGCCCGGUUCACCUCGAGCAAAGAACCUGACCAGACCAGAGAGAGGGACCGACGCCUCCGCCCUCACUUCGAACCAAAGGACCGACACCGCGCCCGGAGCCCAGUUCAAGUCAGCUUUAACCAGCUGCUUUAACUGGCCUCCCAUUUGCUCUGUCGCAAUUACGCGUAUGAACAGCCUUUCCAAAGACUUCUACCUCAAGAGAAUUGUAUGUUUCCAAAAAAGCCAUUGUCCAAGCCUCUACCUCAGUAGCCGACCCCUCCCCUGGAUCACACUCCACACUCCUCCUCACCCCCCACCCCCGAGCGGGGCGGAGAGGGGAAGUUGGGUGAGGUUGAUGGAGGUGGGGGAACAACACUGACCUCAGAAGGCACCCAAAUAUUCCAAACUGGCCGCAUCCCGUCCAAAGAUUAUUUGCGAGAAGCCGGGGCCGUUCUCGGAGACUUUGAACUUGCCAAGUAACACUCCGGGCUUUCAGGGUGGGAGUGCUGGCAGGCAAUGAGACCCCUUCCCCCACCACCCCAUCAAGCCCACCCCGCUCCCCCUAGUCGGCGUGGGAGCCCGUUCGGCUGUGUGGGGACUGGGGACAGGAACGGUUUCUGCUCCGUGACCAGACCAAAGAUGCAGAUCCCGGUGGGGGGGGGGGGAGGAAGAUCCCCUCGCCCAUUCAAGGACUGUUAACCGGCCCCUCUUGCCCCGAACUAUCCGUCAGUGGAGGCGGGUCUCCUUUGCUUCGGAGACUGGCAGUUGGGAGAGAAGACCCGUGUUCGGGGUAUCGUUGGAGCCCUCACCCUGUGGCUAAAUCAUGCAAAAACAAGCGGUGACAGACAGGGGAACCUCGUCGGUUUUACAACCUGUCCGGAUUCUCAGCACCCUGGUGUCCACUGUCCCCAUUACCCCGGCUCCCCGACAACCAGAGCGCCCGGUGCCCCAGAUUCGCAGUGAUAAUUAUAAUUACCCGAAAAGAAAGCCAAAAGACUUAGCAGUUUAAGUCAGUGUUGACCAAAUGUUGCCUUGAUUACUACCAAAGUAUGAAAGAUGUGCUACACACAGCGCUGAAAUAACGACACGCAGUCGGUAAGUCGUUUCGAGACUAGUUUAUUCAGACUUCGCGCCCUCCCUCUCCGGCCGGAAAUGACGUCAGAGGUGUUGGACCAAAGUCUCCCCCCGCCCUGGCUAUUUGUGAGCCUGCGCAGUAAGUGGGUCGCCGCAAUACUAGCUUUAAUUGUCACAUGUUCAGAACGGAGAGUGAGAUAUGCAGAGGUGGGGGGCUCCCCGUACCAACGUGGCCCGCAAUGUACUCAUGCUAAACGCGCGUAUUUGAAACCGAGGGAACCCGCGGGGCCACGGGGGGGACGUACAAACUCCUUACAGAUGGCAGCCGCUGUAACUCGAUAUCGCUGAUCGCUACGCCUCCGUGUCGCCCGGAGUUUGCCCUGACUCCCUCCGGUUGUUCCACGCGAAGGAAGAUUGUGUUUGUGUCUGUGGGUGGGUGACAGACGGGGAGAGGUGGAUAUCUGCAGACAUGCUUCCUUGUUACCCCCCCCCCACCCUUGCGGGGGAAUUGGAGGGAGCACGAACCCCGUGAAGGGGUCGUUUGCUCCGCCCGAAGUCAGCGUGGGCAGAUCCUCCCUCAUGCUCGUCCUUUUUUUAUUCUUUCGACAGGGGUGUGUCCGCGCAUAAUGAAAGUGGGAAAUACAUGAAAAUGUUGGAGUUAGGUUCCCUUCCCCCACACACGUUUUAAUUAUAUUUUACGCGCUAGCUUUAGGAAAGAAAGAUAGAUUAGGGUGAGGAGUUCUGUAGAGGAGGGGUUGCGGAUUGUGCGUUACUCCUCUCUCCCAGAGAUUACGGGGGAAGGGUGUGACCGGGUUCCUAAAGGUGGUCCCGUCCUGUAACCCAGCGAGCAAAGUCCAACUGUUAUGGGAGAAUCCCGGCCACAGUCCUAACCGCCCCUUCUUAUUCUAUCCGACAGGGUUCAGCGAACAAACUUCAAUCAGUAGUCUGCCGAUCUGAGUUUUCACAUUAGCAGCACGGAAUUCCACAUUUAUCCCCGCUCUGCAGAGGCAGUUACAACCCCCAUUCCCAAGACCACCCCUCCCCAGACAUUACUCCAGAUCCCCGUGACCCUGUCCCUGAUCCGGCGCCAAGUCUGGGAAAUCCGUCGGGUCCCAGCGGAGGGAGGGAACACCCAAGGAUCGUUAAACUGACGACCUCAUCUCACCCCAGGGUGGAGGUGCGCCCCACGGGGAGAGAGACAGUCCCUGGAUCACUGCGCAGUCUGUGCGUGUGAAACGUUGUGUUUGCGUGUGAGUCGGUGUGGGGCUGAGUGUGUGCGUCUGUGCACGUGUGUGGGAGGGUGGGGGCUGCCUUGGUGUGUGUCUGAUUGCGGGGUGAGUGUGACCCGAACCUGAGUGUGUGUGUGAGAGACGGAGAGAGAACGAAUGUUUCUGAGUGUUCCUUGGAAGUUACAGCCGAGGUUAACGGGCAUGAGCUCGCAAUGGCGUGCGUCUGAAACAGCCUCUCACCACCAGGCUCCUGAGCUACUAAACCCGGCAGAAGGGCUGAAGGGGCAAAGGCGGGUUACUGGCGCCUUUAAGCCGGUCGCUUCGGGCAGAUGGGGCUCAUCGGAAGGAGAUCUCUGAUCUCAAACCUCCGCCGCCUUGUACUCGUGGGGUAGGUAGACUUCGGGAGUGAACCCCGAGGGAAUAUUCCGGAUCUGGAGUCCCUACGUUCAGUUCAACGCUGAUUGGCAACUCCGCUGGUGCCGAACUGUAUCAGUCUCUGCUGUUCAUCAGCUGCGUGGGGGUGGGGGGGUCUGUAUCUUCGUGUGUCGUUAGGUGUGACAUUGGGCGUUUGUGUGUGGGAGGGACAGCAUGAACGGGGGCUGCCUGUGUGUGCGUGUCUCGGAGAUCCACAGCCAGGGAGAGUUGUGUUGUCCUCUUUCCUGUUCCUCUCCGCGGCGUCCGGCAGCGAGUUUCACCUCCCCAUACUCCCGGUCUGGGUUGAAAACAUUUAGUCUCCGAUCACUGCACGCUCCCUCCUCCCACUUCUGUAAUCUCAGCACCCGGUCCACAUGCAGGAUCUGGACUUGAAACGUUGGCCCGAAUCACCAGAGUCCGCAGAUGCUGCGACAAAUCACAAAAUGCUGGAGGAACUCAGCAGGUGAGAUAGUGUCGGCGGAAAGGAGGUUUCGGGCCGAGACCCUUCCUCAAGGGAAGGUGGGCGGAGUGAUAGGUGAAGCCAGGCGCGUGGCAAAGGUAAGGGAUUGAAGACGGAAUCUUAUAGGAGAGGAGAGUGGACCAUCAGGGAAAGGGAAAGAGGAGGACCACCAGGGGAAGGUGAGAGGCCAGAGUGGGGAGAAUGAUCGGAAGUUGGAGAAAUCGAUGGAAAUUUCCGCUCCCUCUCGGGGUUUUCAACCAACGUCGACUCUCCACAGAUGCUGCUCGACCCGCUGAAUUUCUUCCAGCCGUUUCACUCCUUGUUCCAGCCCGCCGCUUCCUCCCUCCCGACCCCGGUGUUUCUCUUCACCCCCUCUCCUCCAAACCCCACUGGUCAUUUCCUCCCUUUCCCUUCCGACGCUUCCCACUUUCUCGUCGUUUACCACGUUCUACAGAUCUCCACCAGUCCGUCCCCACUGAAACCAACCCCAUGUCUUCCGUAUCCGUCCCGGUCAGCUGAUGGGUGGAGUUACAGCGCGGAGAGAGGACCAUUGACCUACCAUUCAUUUACACCAAUCCUACAUUUUCCCAACAAAUGUCUCCUCCCCACCCACAAUAUUAUACCAUCGUGUAAACGGGAAAGGAGGGAGACCAGGUCGUAGUUGUGAAUUGUAGCCCAUGUCUCAAGUCCCCUUGCCGGCGUCGGGUUAAGCUCCCAUGAAGCACCCGGGACCUUUCGCGAGAUUAAAGGAGGUCAACUACACAGUGAAAAUUACCCCCCCCCCCCACUUCGUUUUAAACUUCGCUCCACGGUUGUGUUCGUGUCAAAGGGCGAACGUCUGCAGAUUGUUCCCGGGACUAUGGGUUGGGGGGGCGGGGUUACUACUGUCUUCCACCUGACACACCUUGCUGUACUUCUACCUCCUCCUUUUGAACCAGGAAUUGUUGCCCCCCCCCCUCACCUGGCCUCGAGCCAACCCAAAGAGCCUUCAAAAUUAACCAUACCCUCCCACUGCG